AUGGCUACCGGCAAGGAUGCUAUGCAGCAGUUCGGCCUCCCCGCCAUUGGCGGCGCCCGCGUCUCCGCCACCUCCGGCAGCAGCUUCGCAGGAUCUACUUCCUCCAGGGUCAUGGCUCAGCAGCAUGUGGUGCGAAGGGCCGAGGCCGUCAUUCAGGAAGAUGCGCCGCCAUUGUUUCAGCCUUCGGAGCAGUUCGGCGCCACCGAGCCGUUGGGAUUCUUUGAUCCGCUCGGGUUCACCAAUGUUGGCGAUGAGAAGGGCUUCAGGAAGCUUCGUGUCUCAGAGAUCAAACAUGGCAGGGUAGCUAUGAUGGCUUCCAUUGGACUGGUCGGGCAGCACUUCUUGAAGUUCCCCUUCUUCGAGAAAGCUCCAGCUGGCUUCUCCAUCAUGGACAAGGGCGAGGGCGUGCUGGGCUUCUUCGCCAUCUUCUGCGCGUGCGCUCCGCUGGAGCUGUGGUGGAGGGAGAACCCGGAGAAGGAGCCGGGCAACUACGGUGAUCCCUUCGGCGUCAACAUGUACAACGAGGAGAUGCGCAUGAAGGAGCUGAACAACGGACGCAUGGCCAUGAUCUCGGUGCUCGGAAUCUUCGCCGCAGAGAUGGCUACCGGCAAGGAUGCUAUGCAGCAGUUCGGCCUCCCCGCCAUUGGCGGCGCCCGCGUCUCCGCCACCUCCGGCAGCAGCUUCGCAGGAUCUACUUCCUCCAGGGUGAUGGCUCAGCAGCAUGUGGUGCGAAGGGCCGAGGCCGUCAUUCAGGAAGAUGCGCCGCCAUUGUUUCAGCCUUCGGAGCAGUUCGGCGCCACAGAGCCGUUGGGAUUCUUUGAUCCGCUCGGGUUCACCAAUGUUGGCGAUGAGAAGGGCUUCAGGAAGCUUCGUGUCUCAGAGAUCAAACAUGGCAGGGUAGCUAUGAUGGCUUCCAUUGGCCUGGUUGGGCAGCACUUCUUGAAGUUCCCCUUCUUCGAGAAAGCUCCAGCGGGCUUCUCCAUCAUGGACAAGGGCGAGGGCGUGCUGGGCUUCUUCGCCAUCUUCUGCGCGUGCGCUCCGCUGGAGCUGUGGUGGAGGGAGAACCCGGAGAAGGAGCCGGGCAACUACGGUGAUCCCUUCGGCGUCAACAUGUACAACGAGGAGAUGCGCAUGAAGGAGCUGAACAACGGACGCAUGGCCAUGAUCUCGGUGCUCGGAAUCUUCGCCGCAGAGAUGGCUACCGGCAAGGAUGCUAUGCAGCAGUUCGGCCUCCCCGCCAUUGGCGGCGCCCGCGUCUCCGCCACCUCCGGCAGCAGCUUCGCAGGAUCUACUUCCUCCAGGGUCAUGGCUCAGCAGCAUGUGGUGCGAAGGGCCGAGGCCGUCAUUCAGGAAGAUGCGCCGCCAUUGUUUCAGCCUUCGGAGCAGUUCGGCGCCACCGAGCCGUUGGGAUUCUUUGAUCCGCUCGGGUUCACCAAUGUUGGCGAUGAGAAGGGCUUCAGGAAGCUUCGUGUCUCAGAGAUCAAACAUGGCAGGGUAGCUAUGAUGGCUUCCAUUGGACUGGUCGGACAGCACUUCUUGAAGUUCCCGUUCUUCGAGAAAGCUCCAGCUGGCUUCUCCAUCAUGGACAAGGGCGAGGGCGUGCUGGGCUUCUUCGCCAUCUUCUGCGCGUGCGCUCCGCUGGAGCUGUGGUGGAGGGAGAACCCCGAGAAGGAGCCGGGCAACUACGGUGAUCCCUUCGGCGUCAACAUGUACAACGAGGAGAUGCGCAUGAAGGAGCUGAACAACGGACGCAUGGCCAUGAUCUCGGUGCUCGGAAUCUUCGCCGCAGAGAUGGCUACCGGCAAGGAUGCUGUGCAGCAGUUCGGCCUUUAG